AUGGGCACCGUCGUGCCCGCUCCUCUACAGUAUCCUGUGGCCAAGUCUGGCGCAAGAUUUGCCGCGAGCAUGACCCGGAUGUUUUAUUGCGACUCCCUGGCGGACAAGCUUUGGGCGGUGGUCCAACUCAUCCGAGCUUCCGUUGGGCGCUAACUAUCAAUAGUUUGUGCUUGUGCAUCGUUUAGCCAGCUCUUUGCUGAUGUUGCUCACUAUGGAUGAAGACCGAGGAAAGUCUGGUUCAGCUUGGGGACUUAUUUGGUCGUAACAUGGAGUACGCGUAUUGGCUUGGAGCCACAUGUGUUCAUGGCCGGGCUCAGGGGCCGUUGCUUGGCAGCGAUAUUGUCGUGUUGCUGUCUGCGUAGUGUGAUUAUUUCCGCUGACUCGAUUGGUUCAUUUUUCUUCUUGUGUACGAGGAGCUUGAAGCUGUUUGGUAGCUUGUGACGACCAUGUCUCACUUUCAUGUACAAGUAUGCAUUGCCUGCGGUGAUCUUUUUUUUUAGUGAAUGACCCGUUCCGCGUGGCGGCUUGUUUUGUGGCCACCCUCUUCUGCACCUGUCACAGUUCACCGGGAUCAAUGUGACUAACCGCAGCCAAUACUGUAGCGCUGAAAACCUUUGUCUUGACCGAGACCUUUCGUCAUGCAUAAGUGCAUAAGACUACCUACAUGUAGGGUUGCGCCAGCUAGCUUUGAGCGGGGCAUUUUACGUUCCUAGUUGUGCGGACCCGUCGAUCGUCUUCAAUUGUGUUUUUGCGUUCGUUU